AAAGUGACCCUUUCUUUCCUGGCAACUUCCAAGCGCCCCCCUGGAGAUGCAUCUCAUUUUUCUAGUGAGAACCAAUGAAGGGGGUCGUUGACCAGCAAUCUUGAGUUUGUUAAGGGGCUACUUGAGAAUCACAUUAGGCUGUCGAUCUUGUGCUUGUUGAUGGCUUCUUCUUCUUCAUCUGUUCCUGAUUGCAAAUACGAUGUCUUCUUGAAUUUUCGAGGCGAAGACACUCGCAAGACCUUCAUCGGCCAUCUCCACAAAGCUCUGGUUCGGAACUCAAUCAACACCUUCAUUGACGCUGAAGAGCUCAGAAAGGGCAACGGCCUUUCGCAGCUACUGACGGCUAUAAGCGACUCGAGGCUUUCGGUUGUAGUUUUUUCUCCAAACUACGCUUCUUCCACAUGGUGCUUGAAAGAACUCGUCCAAAUCCUGCAGUGCAUGGAUCAGAAGAAGCAGAUUGUGAUUCCCAUCUUCUACGAAGUAGACCCAGCUGAUGUUCGUAAAAUCAAGGGAAGUUUUGAGGAAGCAUUUUCUAAACAUGAACAUGAUCCUAACGCCGACAUGGAAGAAGUGCAGCGGUGGAGGUCCGCUUUACAAAGAGCCCCCGAUUUAUGUGGCUGGGAUUCACAAAAUUACCAGGAUGAUGCCAAGCUUGUUGAGUUGAUUGCAGAUGAUAUUUUUAAGAAAGUGAUCAACAUCCCAUCAAGUGAAAAGAAUGGCUUGGUUGGAAUGGAUUCCCGCUUAAAGAAAAUGGAUUCACUAUUAUGUCCCGAGGUCGAUAACGUUGGCUUUGUUGGAAUAUGGGGUAUGGGCGGUAUAGGCAAAACCACCAUCGCUAGAGCUGUGUAUGAUAAAAUCAAUCAUCACUUCGAAGGUCGUUGCUUUCUUGAAAAUGUGAAGCGACGUUUUCCCUCAACUGAUGCAGGUGAAGCGCCACUAGAUAUGCAGGCAGAAAUUCUAUCUAGUAUCACAGAUAUGAAGGUGGGGAGUUCAGAGAUUUUGAGAAAUGGUUUUCAGAAGAUGAUGGAAAGAGUUGGUAAGAAAAAAGUUUUACUUGUUCUGGAUAAUGUGGAGAGUUCAUCCCAAAUUGAAGCCUUAAUUGGAAAGCAACCUUCAUUUGGUGGCGGAAGUCGAAUCAUUAUAACAACUAGAGAUAAACAGUCACUAAGUAGACUUGGUGAUCAGAUAUAUGAGCCCGAGUUGUUAAAUGACGAUGAUGCUCUCAAGCUGUUUAGGCAGUAUGCUUUGAGUACAAAGCAACCCACAGAAGAAUACAUUGAUCUGUCAGGCCAUUUCAUAAAAUAUGCUCAAGGUUUGCCUUUAGCACUCAAAGUCUUGGGAGCAUUUCUCGAUGACAAAAGUGUACUUGUGUGGAAAGAUGAGUUAAAGAAAAUAGCGAGAAACCCGCACCCGGGAAUCCAAAAAGUCCUUAGAACAAGCUAUGAUGGACUAGAUGAUUUGCAGAAGGCAAUAUUUCUAGAUAUUGCAUGUUUCUUUAAACAAAUGAAGAAAGACUUGGCAACAAGGAUUAUGGAGGGUUGUGACUUCCAUCCCCAUACCGGAUUAGACGUUCUAGUUGGUAGAGCUCUUGUCACUAUCUCAUCUGAUGGUGUACUCGAGAUGCAUGAUUUAAUAGAGGAAAUGGGUCACCAAAUCGUACGCCAGGAAUAUAUAAAGGAGCCUGGAAGGCGCAGCAGAUUGUGGAGCUGUGAAGAUGUUCAUUAUGUGCUAAAUAAAAAAAAUGCUAUGGAAGCAGUUGAAAGCAUAAUUGUGCAAUGGCCACACUCAAACAAUGUGGUGGAAUUAGAUAUCGCCCUUGCUCAAAUGCCAAAACUAAGACUACUCAGAGUCCAUACCCACUGUUUACUACCAGAGGGCGAGCCGGCCGAUGAUCACUGGCAAUACGAGAAUCUAAAGUUUCUCUCUGAAAAACUAAGUUAUCUGUUUUGGAACAAAUGUCCCCUAAAGUCUUUAUCGUCCAAUUUUAACCCAGAGAAUCUUGUUGAAAUUGACAUGCAAUGUAGUUGGGUUGAACACCUCUGGAAAGGAACUGAGCGUCUUGGAAAGUUGAAAAUUAUCAAUUUAAAAGGCUCUUAUCGUCUUAAGGAAACGCCGGACUUCACUAAGGCAAAGAAUCUUGAGAAGCUAAUUCUUGGUGGAUGCACAAGUUUAUAUGAGGUUCACCCAUCCAUUUCUGCCCUUGAAAAACUUGUCCUCUUGGAUCUAAGUUGGUGCGGCGAACUCAAGUCCUUUUCAAGGAGCAUUUGUAUGAAAUCUCUUGAAACCUUUGAUCUCUCUUUUUGCUCAAAACUUGAGAAGUUUCCAGAGAUUUCCAAAGUUAUGGAGAAGCUUUCAAAGCUUUAUUUGCAAGGGACUGCAAUGAAAGAAGUGCCUCGAUCGAUUAACAACCUUACAGGGCUUGUUACUUUGAAUCUUAAAUAUUGCAGAGAACUUGAGAUUCUUCCAAGCAGCAUUGUUCAACUCAAGUCCCUGCAACUUCUUAAUCUUUCUGGUUGUCCAAAGCUCAAGGCCUUUCCAGAAAAUGUCGGAAAUAUGGAAAGAUUAAGAGAGCUUCGCUUGGAUGAGACAUCUGUUGAAGGCCUUGCCCCAUCAAUUUCAUCUCUUCAAAACCUUGAGAUUUUGAGUCUAAGGCAAUGCAAGAAACUUCAUAGUCUUCCAAGGAACAUUCAUAUGAGAUCUCUUCGAACCCUUAAUUUUUCCAGCUGCUUCAAUCUGUAUAAUUUUUCAGAAAUUCCUGAAGUUAUGAACCUAUUAGAGCUUAAUUUAGAUGAGACUGAUAUUUCAGAACUGCCCUUGUCCAUCAAAAAUUUUACGGGACUCGUUACCCUGAGCCUGAAGGAUUGCAGAAGAUUAGAGAUUCUUCCAGGCAGCAUUCAUAUGAGAUCUCUUCAAGCCCUGAAUGUUUCUGGCUGCUCAAAUCUGAGGAAUUUACCCGAGUUUCUAAAAGUUACGGAGAACCUAACAGAGCUUCAUUUAGAUUGGACUUUAGUUGCAGAAGUUUUUCUCGGCCAAGAAAAUUUUAAGUUUUCAGGGAUUGCAAUUGAAGAAUUGCCAUCCAUAAUUUAUAGUCUUACGGGACUUGCUACCUUGACGCUACGGUAUAGCAAAGACUUUGAGAGUCUUACAAGCAGCAUUUGUCAGCUCAAGUCCCUAAAUUAUCUCUCUCUUUCCGGUUGUACAAAGUUUAAGGUGUUUCCAGACAUAUUAGAAAAUAUGGAAAGAUUAGCCAGCCUUGAUUUGGAUAACACAUAUAUCAGAGAGCUUCCUGCAUCAAUUGAACGGCUUCAGGGACUAGUGUCGUUAAAUCUGAAAAACUGCAAAAGCCUGGUCUAUCUUCCGAACAGUAUCUGCAAUUUGUUAAGUCUCGAAUGGCUCACUCUCAAUGGGUGCUCAAAACUUUCGAAGUUGCCUGAAGAUUUAUGGUAUUUGAAGCGCCUUGACAUAAAGGGAACUGGUAUACAUGGUUACUGCCCAGAACAGCAAUUCAUCAAUUUGGGGGGUUUGGCUCAGUUUCGAAGCACUGCACCUAAGAUUAAUGCCAUGGUCCCAAACAUUGAGCAAAAUGAGGCGGUGGCUGAUGUUGAAUCCCGCCUUCCCUGGAUGUGGCGCCAUGUGGAAGAGAGGCAGGAUCUAUGCGGAAGUCAAGCUAUGUGGAAGAGAUAUGUGGAAGGGAAGGGGCGCUAUGUGGAAGAGAGGCAGCAGGAUAUUGUGGAAUCAAGCUAUGUGGAAAAGAUGCGGCGUUAUGCGGAAGAAGCGGCAGCGGAAAGGCGCUCUGCGAAAGAGAUGCGGUGGCGCUCUGCGACAGCGGCGGCAGUGGAAGAGAUGCAGCGCUGCUAUGCGAAAGAAGCGGAAGAGAUACUGCGGCGUUAUGCGGAAGAAGCGGAAGAGAUGCGGCGCUGCUAUGCGAAAGAAGCGGAAGAGAUGCGGCGCUGCUAUGCGAAAGAAGCGGAAGAGAUGCGGCGGCGCUAUGCGGAAGAAGCGGAAGAGAUGCGGCGGCGCUUUGCGAUAACGAAAGAGAUGCGGCGGCGCUUUGCGAAAGAAGCGAAAGAGAUGCGGCGGCGCUUUGCGAAAGAAGCGGAAGAGAUGCGGUGGCGCUUUGCGGAAGAAGCGGAAGAGAUACGGCUGCGCUCUGCGAAAGAAGCGAAAAAGAUGUGGUGGCACUCUGUGGAAGAAGCGGAAUAAGCGGUAGAGUGGCACUCUGUGGAAGAAUCGGAAGAAGCGGUAGAGAUGUGGCGGCGCUCUGCGAAAGAAGUGGAAGAGAUGCGGCGGCUCUUUGCUAAAGAAGCAGAAGAGAUGCGGCGGCUCUUUGUGAAAGAAGCGGAAGAGAUGCGGCGACUCUGUGCAGAAGAAGCGGCAUAGAUGCGGCGCAUCUAUGUAGAGAAGCGGCAGCAGCGACAUUUGGAAGAGAAGUGGCAGCGACUUUGACCUUUGGAAGAGAUCAAACGUUGACGUUUAGGGCUGGGUUUUACCCUAAAAUGCCUGGGUACCUGUUUCUAAGGGGUAAUCAUAUUUAAACUCAUUUGUUUUCAUUUCACCCACCGAUGUGGGACUGCCAACAAAUUUUUCAUCACAUUUUGACUGAUCCUGAGGAGUCAAGCUAUUUGGAAGAGAUGAUGCAGCGACGUUGACGUUUGGAAGAGGAGGCAGCAAUGUCUGGAGUUCCUUGAGGUAGAGGGAACUGUAGCAUCUCUCUCUUUAAAAACGAUAAUUUCUCAGCACUUAAGGGUAUUUGGAUCAGUGUCAGAGCACUGCACCUUUGAGUGAUAUGGUGGACUUAAGCUACGGGGAAAAGGAGGCGGUGGCUUUUAAGGCAAUUUUGAGUGAUCUCAAGCAGUCGAGACAUGAGGAAGAGAAGGAGGAGAAGGCGGUGGCAGCCUCAAGGAGAGGUGGGGGGAUAUGGGGUUGUAUCUGUGGGUCACGGGGUGAUGGGGAUUGAGGUAUUUAGCGCAUCAUCACUGAUAUAGUAGCAAGACUAAGGGACCUGCGAGAGGGAAGAAAUGGUGAUUUUGUGUGGUAAGAGUUUGCGACUCCUUCGUGUUUUGAGUUGGUUUCUGCUUCUGAGAGCUCUUUUAUUUAGUUUUUGGCUUUUUGGGGUAUUUCUUGCUUCACCUGCGGUUGGUACGUGGUAAGUAUUUACUUAUCCGUAUGUGUUGUAAAGUUGCUUUUUCUUUCUCUUCGAUCAGGUAAUGUAUUGUUAGUGAUUAAGCCUUGAAUUGGAAAUGGAUGGCUGAGAUUAAACUAGCUCAUAAGCUAUGAUUGUGCCGACUGUCAUAGUAGCUGACUUUGUUUUAGAUAUACUCGUGCAAGACACAUGAGUAUGAGAAGCAUGUGAUGCAUGUGAAAUUUGUGACGAUU